GCUGUAUUGCUCGCAGGCUGUGGAUGUGGAUGUCGCCGCCCUCCUCUGGCUGCUCUGCCGCGUGUGAUUGGGUUAAAGUCGGCUCCCCUUUCCCCUCUAACCCGGUGAUGUUGGCCGUUUCCUGCCUCUUCUGCCCAACUAGUGGUAGACAGAGAGUGCUGAAGCUCCUGUGAAGCACGUAGCCUGGACGAGCGGGUGGCUUUAACACCGAAACACGAAACCAUCCACUGAAGCAGCGUGUCCAGACCUGCAACCAUGCGACGGAAAUCGAGGAUAUUACUAUGUUUCGCUGUGCUCUGGAUCCUAGGAAUCGCGUAUUAUUUCUAUUCAGGAACAACGCUACAUCGGAAGGAUGACUGGAGUGGCUUCGGUUCGAGCAGAAUUCAAGCACACAGCAACACAGACAGCAGAGCGCAGAGUUUGGAAACCCUUCCCCCAGGGAAGGUCAGGUGGCAGGACUUUGAUCAGGACCUAUAUGUCGGGGCGACAGUGGUGAAGCCGGGACAGGAUCCCUAUGCCCGAAACAAGUUCAACCAGGUGGAGAGCGACAAAUUGAGAAUGGACCGCGGCGUCCCAGACACCAGACACGACCACUGUCGCCAUAAGCAGUGGAGGACCGAUAUGCCUGCAUCCAGCGUGGUGAUCACAUUCCAUAACGAAGCUCGAUCUGCUUUAUUACGCACUAUAAUCAGUGUUCUGAAGAAGAGUCCUGCCCAUCUCGUCAAAGAAAUUAUCCUCGUAGACGAUUACAGCGACAACCCUGAAGACGGGGCCUUGCUCGGGAAAAUCGAGAAAGUCCGGAUUCUUCGAAACGAUAGACGAGAAGGUCUGAUGCGAUCACGUGUCCGAGGAGCAGAUGCGUCCACGGCCAGUGUCCUCACUUUCCUGGACAGCCACUGUGAGUGUAAUGAACACUGGCUGGAGCCUCUGCUGGAGAGAGUUGCUGAGGACAGAACACGUGUUGUCUCACCCAUCAUAGAUGUCAUCAACAUGGACAACUUCCAGUACGUGGGCGCGUCCGCAGAUCUCAAAGGAGGUUUUGAUUGGAAUCUGGUGUUUAAGUGGGACUACAUGACGUUAGAGCAGAGACGGGCGAGGCAGGGGAACCCCAUCGCUCCUAUCAAGACUCCUAUGAUAGCUGGUGGCCUCUUCGUCAUGGACAAAGGCUACUUUGAGGAACUUGGGAAAUACGACAUGAUGAUGGACGUGUGGGGUGGAGAAAAUCUAGAAAUCUCAUUCCGGGUGUGGCAGUGUGGUGGCAGUCUGGAGAUCAUUCCUUGCAGUCGAGUGGGACACGUGUUUAGGAAGCAGCAUCCCUACACAUUUCCUGGAGGCAGCGGCACCGUGUUCGCCAGGAACACCAGACGAGCAGCAGAGGUAUGGAUGGACGAUUUCAAGAAUUUUUAUUAUGCUGCUGUACCUUCUGCACGGAACGUGCCCUAUGGCAAUAUUCAGAGCAGGCUGGAAAUGAAGAAGAGAUUAGGCUGCAGGCCAUUUAAGUGGUACCUGGAGAACGUGUACCCAGAACUCAGGGUCCCAGACCAUCAGGACAUUGCAUUCGGGGCUCUGCAGCAAGGCGGAAACUGCCUCGACACGCUGGGCCACUUUGCCGAUGGCGUGGUGGGAGUCUACGAGUGCCACAACGCAGGGGGCAACCAGGAGUGGGCCUUGACUAAAGAUAAGUCGGUGAAGCACAUGGACCUGUGUCUGACUGUAGUGGAGCGCAUGGCAGGAUCUCAGAUCAAACUGCAGGGCUGCAGAGAAAACGACAGCAGACAGAAAUGGGAACAGAUCGAGAAUAACACCAAACUGCGACACGUGGGGAGUAAUCUGUGCCUGGACAGCCGGAGCGCCCGUAAUGGGGGCCUGACGGUGGAGGUGUGCAAUCCCUCUCUCACUCAGCAAUGGAAGUUCACCCUCAACCUGCAGCCCUAGUCCGUAACCCCUAGCCCCUACGUCCUGUAUCCUUGGUGGGUCACAGAGCAGCGCACGGUCUCUGAGAGAACGCUGUCCAGCUGCAGUGGGUCUGCUCGCCCCUUUCCCCUCACACAGGGCUAUGGGGCCAAACAGACCCAAAAACAAACAUGAGAACUGUUUUUUGUUGUUUUUUCCAUCCAACUAUAUACCUCACCAUUUUAUUUUUGGUCCAGCUCUUAAUUGAAAUGCAUUUGAGGUAUUUUAUUUUCUUCCUAUUUCUGAUGCCAACCAAAUGGAUUAGAUUUUUGUUGCCCUUGUUCUUUUUCUGAUUUCUCUUUUUCAUCUUUUUUGUUGUUGUUAGGAUUUUUUUUUAAUUAAUCAUACUUGUUUUUGUUUCAUGUAACCAAUAAUGUUGAAUGUAAGUGACACUCAAUGGAGGCUCCUUUUACGAUCGGAGAAAAAACAACAACAUGAGGACCUUUCAUGUUUCGAUCCACGUUCUUGGCCCUGCGUGUGUGUGUAAGAGAGAGAGAGAGAGAGAGAGAGAGAGAGAGAGAGAGAGAGAGAGAAUGAAUCUGCUGGCCUCAGUUUAUGUGAACACUGUGUACAGUCUUUUCAACAAACAAAAAAAAAACCUAAUCAGAGGCCAGCGUUGUCUUUUUUUUUUUUUUUUUUUUUUUUUUCCUUUCUUUCUUUAUUUCUUUCUUUUUUCCUCCCCCUUGCAGCUUCUAACUAAUUGUCAUUCUAUCUAUUUUGCAUCUUGAAUGUGCAAUGAAGAACGACCCGUUUUCUCUUCGAGCCUCUGGAGUGUUUUGGUGGAGAACCAGCAGCGCACCACGUAGUGCUCUGCGCUACCAUUCAGUUUCGGUUGCCUUUGUCACAAAACGGCUCAUUUGUAGCUGCAUUACGUAGAAUCAUUCCAUUGACGAGUACCUGUGUUCUGUUUCAAUCGCUCUGACAUGAAAAUGUAUCUGUGCAUUAUGUUAGGGUCAGUGUGUGGUCACUGUGAUCAAAGCCGAAUCCCAGUGGCGCCGGACCUGUUUGAAUUCCGAUCACGGGCUUCCCAAAACUAGAGCCAGGAAAUGGUUUCAUUUGUGUAUUGCACAUUUAUAUUUUACUUGAUUUCUUGUUAUUUUAUUGUAUGUCCUUCAGUGAUUUAGUGUGAUUGCCUUUGACUGUAUCCAUGCUACUGUAAACAGAAAGGGUCCCUGUGCUGUGCAGCUCUCAGUCAGGGCUGGAAGUAGCUGGACCUCAACUGGACUCUGAGAGAAAAACCUCCAUGCCGUAGGUGUGCAUUUCUCUCUAUUCUACAGCCUCCACAUUUUUAUGCUUUUUUUCCCAUCACCUAGAUCAUGACGUUCAUUACGGUACUUCACACAAUGCUGUGGUUCUGCUUAGUCUGUUGUAAAUGAUACAAACAGAUAAACGGAGAAGGUUUGAUUAUAGUUCCUUUUUUUUUCCUGACUUUGGUGUGUGUCUGAUUGAGCAUAGCCCUGUAGCGUAAUUUAUUCUAGAUUAGGACACAUACUGUUGAGUCUCAGAUAUACUGUAAUCACCAAUGUUCGCUUUGUUCCUGAGUAUUUUUGACUCUACUACAUCACCCUGUAUUUGUCCAGCUACAGGGAAUCUUUUCCAGACGUCCUUGGAUGUGAAUCUAAGGACACUAAGACAAGUUGAAGCCUUUGAGUUCAUCACUGACACGCUGGCACGAGACUGACUGAAUCAGGGUUUAAAAAAAUAAUAAUUAAAAAUCCUGACCUGCGCGUGUUCCAGAGUUGGAAAAAGUCAAACAUGAUGCUGUGCUCUGUAUAGUUGGGGCUUUUUAUAGAUGGCAAAUGAAAAAGUUGAGUUUCACUGGUGAAAUACGACUGCCUAUGAUCAUUUUGCCAUCACAAUGCCAACAUUUGAGCAAUUUUGUACAUUCUGGAAAGAAACCUUUAUAUGAUGUCAAAAAAAAAACAAAAACAAAAAAAAACAACAAAUGAGGGCCAAAUUGUGAGAAAUCCAUUGCUUAUGAAUCUGAAUUGGAAUAAAUGUUUACAUAGUACACUGUGCCAAAGUUAUUUCCUGUUGGGUUCAGUUGUCUCAGCGUACUUCAAAACUAGAACACUGACAGAAAUCAUGACCCCCAUAUUUCCCCCAAUUUGGUUUUUGAACACAGUAAGGAAAAGUUCUUGAUUGCAUUUAAAACCAAGGGAGAUGUGACAGGGUCGCCAGUUGUUGUAAAAGUGUAUAUGUGUGUAUAUACAAUCCGUAUGUCCAUGCAUGUACAUAUAAACACGUACAAUUGCAGUUACUAGUGAUUUGGUUAAUUGUACAGCGCUUUUAUUUGUCCUUUUUUUUUUGUUUGUUUUAUAGAUAUGGUGAAAGGUUUACUUUGAAUGAGGAAAUAAUUAACUUAAAUAAAAAUUUAUAUAUAAUCA